AUCCACAGCCGAGAAUUUAAGAAAGGCAGCCAAAUUCAGUCCAACCAAACCCCCUUAUUUCUAACUUACAAAACUCUGAGAUUCUCGAAUUCCUCAGAAAACAAGAAAAACCCAUCAACAUAAUCCUUUCUUUCAAUCCUGGGUUUCCUCUCUUUCUCAUAAAAAGGCCAAAAAUUUCCCAUUUUUUAUGAGCUUCGCUGUGUUUGGAAUUAAGAUCCCUGGUACUUGCUGUUCGAUUGAUCUCAAUUCCCAGGAUCCAAGCUUCUUGGUUUCUUAGGUGGCGUGUGAUUUUAAUGGCAGUGGUAUCAGCAUGAGUUUCAUUUUCUGAUCAAAUACUGAUGGCCAAUCUGAAUACACCUAGAGCUAUAGUCUCUGCUGCAACAUCUGAACAAAAGGAAACACCUGCAGUAGAUUCAAACUUGAACAUGCUUCAACCCACUAUGAACCAGCAUAACAGAAGCUCUUCUGAUGGUCCUGUUGCUAUACUUUGGGAUAUUGAAAACUGUCCUGUCCCAAGUGGUGUUCGCCCUGAAGAUGUUGCUGGGAAUAUAAGAAUGGCUUUGCGGGUGCAUCCUGUCAUUAAAGGGGCUGUUACAAUGUUCUCUGCAUAUGGUGAUUUCAAUUCCUUUCCCAGACGUCUUAGAGAGGGUUGCCAGAGAACUGGUGUUAAACUCAUUGAUGUUCCAAACGGAAGGAAGGAUGCUGCUGACAAGGCUAUCUUGGUUGACAUGUUUUUGUUUGCUCUUGACAACCAUCCUCCUUCUUCUAUAAUGCUGAUUUCAGGGGAUGUAGAUUUUGCUCCAGCCCUUCACAUACUUGGUCAGCGUGGGUAUACUGUCAUUCUUGUUAUUCCUUCCGGUGUCGGUGUUUCUUCUGCCCUGUGCAAUGCUGGUAAAUUUGUCUGGGACUGGUCGAGUGUGGCUCAUGGGGAAGGCUUUCUUCCACCUUCAAAAGCUUUAAUGCAUACCCAUGGAGGACCAGCUGAGCUUGCUGGGUAUUUCAUGGGGUGUCAUAUCAAUGACAAUCUAGAUUGUCCAAAUGAGGAAGAAUCAAUAGUUUAUAGAGGCAUUUCACAAAGCUAUUACAACUCAAGAGAUUUCUCAAUUAUGUCACAAUCUUUAUCUGAGUAUACAAGUAAUCCUUCUAUCACUGGACCUACCUUCCCUGCAACUUUCAGGUCACACAGCCUCCCAUCUGGGUUGAAUGAAGCAUCAGGAUGUCCUGUCUCUUAUGAUCAAAAUGAUACUAUGUGGGUACAGCCUGGAGACAUAAAUGAGUAUGGAGCAUUCAAGCUUGUUAAUCUCUUCAAGAAGAUGGGUGAUGCUAUGGCGAUUGAUGGAAAAGGCCAUAAGAAAUUUGUCUACCUUCGGAACUGGAAAGCAGGCCCAAGUGCACCUCCUUUAGUUCUGGCAAGGAAGGAUAAGAAAGGAAAGGGGACUCAGGAAGAUAAUAUGGAUUUUAAUACUGGUGUAGGCUCUUCGGAUGACUUCUCUGAUGAGGAAAGGAUGGUGGUUGAGGAGCUAGAUGAUAGGAGGAACCAAGGGAGGAUUAAUUUAAGAACAGCAGCUGGAUGUGAAGUUGAUGACUGUCAUCUGGAGCAGUUCAAAUAUGAAUUGCAGGAAAUUCUAGUCAGCUAUUCUUGCUUGAUUUUCUUGGGUUGUUUUGAGGCAAUAUACCAGCAACGGUACAAGAAACCUUUGGACUAUCAGAAGCUCGGUGUUGAAAAGCUGGAGGAGUUGUUUGACAAGGUGAAAGAUGUGGUGGUUGUGCAAGAAGACCCAAUAAGCAAGAAGAAAUUUCUGGCAGCAGUAGAUGGCUAGCAAAAUCAGGUAGCUGCAUUUCCCUGUAACCUUUUGAAUUUCUAUCCUUCUUUGACCUAAAAAGGGCUGACAGUUGAGUUGACUACAUGCUUUUUCAGUGCUUGGUCCCUCUAUCUGUCUCUUAUUUUCUUUCCCUUAGAAAAUUUCCAUAAGUAAUAAUACUAGAGAUGGAAGAUGCUGUUUUUGAUAUGUGUCCUGCAUGGAGUUGUUUUAAAAUUUCCAUGUAAUACUGGUGCCUAGGAUUGUAACUGAUUCACUGCUACUAUGAAAUCUUUGUGUAAAUCAAGUCUUUUUAUUUAU